AUGCUCCAAAGCAAAACAUUAUUUGGCUUGAUUUUCAUCUUAAUUUUGUCAUCAUUGUCGGAUGAGUCUUCAACAUUUCCCAAUUUUUCAUCAACCUCUCCGUCGUCAAAAUCCCACUCAACAUCAUAUUCAUCAUCAUCGUCGCUAUCGAAAUCAUUUUUCUAUCAAAUAACUACGAAUUCAAUUAGAAAUGACAAUUCGAAAGUUGGAUUACCCUCACCUUCCAAACUGCAGACUACAACCACCACCUCCAACAUCAACAGAACAAGUUGUCCUAACGAUGAGAUGUCCUGCUUUGUGGACUUGAAGUUCCACGAACUGAACUCCACCUACUCACAGAACAUAACAUUGUACAGUGAGCAGUUUGAUGGACUUCCAGAUAAAUGCAGAGAUGGUUUUAGCAGACUUGGUAGCGAAAUGUUGCACUUUAUAAAGCGUUAUUUCCGCGAUGUUCAGCAGCGCUCCUCAAUGACUUUUGCAAACAGAUGUGUCUUGAGAUUUGCUCUGAACUUCGUAAGUGAUGGAAAAGUAAUCAGAAAAGAAGGUAUAGAGUUCUAUAUAAAAGGGACAGAAAAAAGCAAAUGCAGAUUUAGCAAAAGAGUGUUUAGCACGAGUAAAGAAGUGAGAACAAGAAGAUGA